AUGAUUAUUCGUGUUCUAUUGCAGGUAGUUUCUUGCCCUUGUGCACUGGGUCUUGCAACACCCACAGCAAUCCUAGUUGGCACUUCUCUUGGAGCAAGGCAAGGACUCCUUGUGAGAGGAGCAGAUGUAUUGGAACGCUUGGCCAGUAUAGAUCAUAUUGCUUUAGACAAGACAGGAACCCUCACUGAAGGAAAACCUGCUAUUUCUAGCAUUGCUUCUUUCAAGUAUAAAGACUCGGAAAUUCUUCAAAUAAUUGCUGCUGUAGAGAGUACAACAUCACAUCCAAUUGCUGAUGCUAUCUUAAACAAAGCCAAAUCAUUGGAGUUGAGUAUCUCAGUCACAAAAAGGCAAUUAACCGAACCAGGUUUUGGAACAUUAGCAGAAGUAGAUGGCCUUUUGGUUGCAGUGGGUUCUUUGGAAUGGGUUCAUGAGCGUUUCCAGAGAAGAACAGAUCGAUCUGACAUUUCAAAACUAGAGCAUGUCGUGCAUCAAUCAUCAGAAGGCAUAACACCCUCAAAUUAUUCAAAAACAAUUGUAUAUGUUGGACGUGAAGGGGAAGGUAUCAUCGGUGCUAUUGCAAUAUCCGACAGCCUGCAGGAAGAUGCUGAGUUUACUGUAACUAGACUCCAGCAGAAGGGUAUCAGAACUGUCCUGUUUUCUGGGGACAAGGAAGAGGCAGUUGCAACUAUAGCAAAAUCAGUUGGAAUAGAAAAGGAAUUUAUCAAGUCAUCAUUGACUCCAAAGGGAAAAUUUGGAGCUAUUUCUAGUCUUAAAGCUGCAGGGCAUCAUGUUGCAAUGGUUGGUGAUGGCAUACCCAACAACAACUUGACGAGGUCCGCAUUAAAGUAGCCGACUACUUACAGACUCUGCUGUAGGUUCUGACCAGUUUCUUGAUUUUGAGUUAGGCUAGCUUUUAAUUAACUUUUUUGUAGCAAUUAUGAACAAACAUGAAUACCAAUUGCUAGGCUAGCCUUGUAGUAGGUGAAUUGGGGUUUUAUUUUGC